UGGGAGUGGGGCUGGGCGAUGGGCUGAACGCGGGGAUGUCUGGCGCCCCCUUCAGCUCCAGGGCUCAGAGCACAACUUCCAGGGCCCAGCCCUUCACUAGGCAUCCCUGUCCCAGGGAGCCCGGCGUCAUCCCUGUGACAGGGGGCCAUCCUCCCCUCUAGGGGGCACUAAGUGCAUAGCUCAAAGCACCUGGAACCUUCUGCCUUCAGAGGCCGUCACUGGCAUCUGGCCCAGGAGCUCAGAGCUGACCCACAGCAUUGCCUCCCCCUUCUCCCCACCUCACCCCACCCCUGUGGAGUGGGGCAAGGCCUCUACUGCUGAGCCCCAUGACACACCCCUGCUGCAGAGAGCGCGUGAUGCUGGAUGCCACACUGGCCCCUUCCAGAAAGCAGUGGGCCCCCUGGCCACUCCCCCACCUGGGGCAUCCUGGGGUCAGGACUGUGCCUGCCCUCAUUGCCCGGCUGUUUGAGGCAAAAGCCACUUGCUGUCCCUAGGCAGGGCCCUGGGGUCAGGAGCCUGGAGGCAGGUUAGCUGGGCACAUUCCAGGACCGGCUUCCUCAGGCCUGUGUGCCUGCUGCAGAACUGGUCAGGGCUGGUGUUUGCUCUAUGGGGCCCGAGGACAGAGCCAAGUGCCGGUGCUGUGGCCCUGAGCAAAGCUGCUGGGUGGCCGGCCGCAGUCCCACACGGGCCCACUGUGGACCCCUCUCUCUGGGCGGCUCCAUUGUGGACCAGGACACCAGCUGUGCCCUGUCCUGGGGAGGCCGGGACCACACAGAUGGGCAGAUCCUGGGCCAGCUGCGCCCCCUUGCAGAGGAGGAGGAGGAGGAGGAGGAGGAGGAGGAGGGGGCCAGGGCAGCCCCAGCCACAGGGCCGGCCUUCCCCGGGAUGGGCUCUGAGGAGCUGAGGCUGGCCUCCUUCUACGACUGGCCGCUGAGUGCUGUGGUGCGGCCAGAGCCGCUGGCUGCCGCAGGCUUCUUCCACACUGGGCGGCAAGACCAAGUGAGGUGCUUCUUCUGCCGCGGGGGUCUGCAGAGCUGGGAGCAAGGGGAUGACCCCUGGACAGAGCAUGCCAAGUGGUUCCCCAGGUGUGGGUUCCUGCUCCAGACAAAAGGAAGGGACUUUGUCUGCAGCGUCCAGGAGUCUUGUUACCACCCGCUGGGUUCCUGGGACCAAUUGGAAGAACCUGCAGACUCAGCCCCCACCACCCCUUCAGCUCCUGUCCACGUGGGUCCUGAGCUGCCAACGCCCAGAAGGGAGGCCCAGUCAGAAGGUGCCACAGAGCCAGGAGCCCAGGACGCCCAGGAGCAGCUGCGGCGUCUGCAGGAGGAACGGACCUGCAAGGUCUGCCUGGACCACCCUGUGUGCACCGUCCUCGUACCCUGCGGCCACCUGGUCUGCGCGGACUGCGCUCCUGUGCUACGGCUCUGCCCCCUCUGCAGGGCCCCCAUCCGCAGCUGCGUGCGCACCUUCCUACCCUAGGCCAGGUGCUUCAGAUGCUGGCUGCCUCUCACGUCCCGUGGGGGGCUGCUGAGGAUGACUGAGCCGGCGUCCAGGACUGGCCAGCCAGAGUCCCCACUCGCAGCCCAGGGAGGAAGGGGGCUGCAGACGGCUUGGCAAGGGGAGGGGGCGUGAAGGUGGUUUGACCGAUGCUUAGGCGCUUUUGCAGAUUUACAGUAAAGUGGCGGGUUUUCCCUGGA